GAGGACCGUAACCUGGUAACGUGGCACUCGCGGCAGGGGUGUGACAAUCUGAUGUGAGUUUCGUGUACUCCGGAACGUUUCCAGAAUUGUUUCGGAUAACCAUUGAUAACACACCCCGUGAAUCAGGGAGUCGUAAAAUACCGUGAAAAGAUCGAACCGUCUGCUCGCGCCUGGACUCGGUAGCUAGCAAGCUGGUACUCAUAUCCGAGUUUUGAGUCUCAGCUCCCCUCUAGCUCUGCGAGACAAUCAUCAAUCCAGACUAGUAACUAACACUUACUAAUUACUUGGAAUUGGAACGGCUUGGACAAGCCCGAGCAGCAGCAGCAGUGUUAAUUAAUCCGACGGUCUUGAAGCGAGUCACUGAUCUAGCAACCAGCUAAGUGCGCCACUGCCACGGUCCGCAUCCACACUACCACAGCCUUGCACAGCGGGAUCGAGACACAGCCCAUCGUACCAGGAAUUUGUUGAGCAGUGUAGGGAAGAGCAGCAGUACAGUGAGUAGCGUUACUGUAACCCUCCAGUUGUAGAUCAGUCAGCUAGCAACCCGAACAUGUUUCUGAAUUCCCGCACUACUGGAACUGUGCUGGCUGGUGGCGUGGCGGCAGGGAGUGCGCUAUGGUGGUGGCGUGGCUCCCAAGAAGGAUCGGAGCUGCACUUGGGUAGCAGUGGUGGCAGCAGCGCCGGAGGCGGUAUAGGACGGGGACUAAAGCUGCUCUCUGCACAUGUAGUAUUUAGGCACGGCGCCAGAACUCCCAUCCGCCCAUGGCUGCCAGAGCUGAUGCAGCCAGGUGAGGCGACCAUCGACUGGGCGAAAACAGUGCCGGCUGAGGAAGAUCGGGACGCCCGCAUUCCCGUGUACAUCCGCAAUGUCUCUGUGGAUGGAGCUGAGCCGGUACCGCUUCGCUGGGGGAAGUCAACGUGGAAUAUGUCGAGUAAAGUUCCCGGUCAUCCAUCCGGUGAGCUUACCGAGGUAGGAUUUCGUCAAGCGGUGGAGCUUGGCCACACGUUACGAGAGCGCUACAUGAUUCAGCACGGUCUCGUUUCUGAGGUCUAUUCACCAAAGGAGGUCUAUGUGCGCACGACAAGCUUCAAUCGCACAAAGCAGACAGCGCAGGGCGUGCUGACAGGAAUGUUUGGUGCCCACAAGCCAGCCGAGCGUGUGGUGCUGUCUACCAUACCCUGGGCGAAGGAGGUCAUCGUGGGAAACUCUCGCAUCUGCCAGUCAUACCGGCAGCUGUGUGAUUGGGUCGAGGUCGGUAUCCGUGGCCAGUCGGUGGCAAACGAGAGGCAGAGAGUCAUGGAGGCACUGGGCAUUUCGGCCGAGCGAAUGCACUUCGUCUACCUGAGAGAUGUCCUCGUAGCAAGGAAGGCACAUGAUCUUCCACUGCCACCGCGGAUCACACCGGAAUUGCUUGAUGAUAUCGAGGUCGGAGCAGUUCUCUGUUUUGACGACGGCGUUCUGGGAAAGAACAAGAUUCCUACUCUCAAGGUCAGUUGUGGAGUAAUGCUGCACACUCUGCUCACCAAUCUCAAAUCCGACGAAGAGGAUCAGCCAACGCUGUUCCUGUUCUCGGCGCAUGACUCGUUGGUUUCACCUCUAUUGGCUGCCGUCGGCCCACGGGACAAGACAUGGCCUCCGUUCUGUGCUGAUGUUUCCUUUGAGCUCUAUCAGGAUAAGGAUGACGACAAAUUUGUCAAAGUGUCCUCCGGUGACAAGGAUAUUCUUGUGGACGGCUGCAGCGCCAUCUAUUGUCCUCUGGAAGAAUUUGUGUCAAGCAUGGAGAGGUUUGCUGUUGACGCUGAGCACCAAAGAGCUCUAUGCCAUGACAGUGCGUACCAAAAGCCUGAAUCGGCCGAGGCUAGGAAGGCCAUGACUUACUUAUAGACUGCAGUGGCUUGCACUGUCGUGUGUGUUCAAGAGCGGUGUGUACAACUAUUACUUGCCUGGUAGUAAGGUACUCCUUCAGAUGUGGGCCAUACAGCUCUCACAUGACUGACAGAAGAGCUGUUCAUUAGAGGACACACACACACACACCAUUGGCCAAACAAAUUUUGAAGUUCACCCACUCACUGCCGCAUGCCCAUGGAGUACCAGCACAUCAUCGAGCGGGUCAGCUGUGAUGUAGUCUGGCAUGGGAGUGCAUCCGAACAGCCAACUGCCGGAAGUACAUAAUGUUGUACACACAUUGAUGAUCACUGCCGAAUAUAUUUGCACGCCUAUUGAUCAGUGAUCAUCGUACGUCUUGGGCGUGCUCUUUCUCACACAUACGCGUACACCUCGUCUGGGUGAUGCAUUCUAGUGCCGACCAGAGAUUCACUGCCAGAGUUGGUGCAUGAUCUGUCACCGGAGUGCUUCUGUGGUAUUUAAUAAUUUAAUGAAUGUGUCAGUUGUGGCCCAUUCGAAAUUUUCCGCUUUUCUUUCAUUUGACAAUUUGCACCACACUGUGUGUCACACUGUAUAACACCUUUGCCAUGAAGGGAGAUAGGAGCGAUUGUGGUAUCCCUUUGGAUACAAAAGUCAAUAAGAGUCGAUAAGACCGAAACGUGAAUUGUGCAAUUUAUUGUUGUUUUUUAUUUUUUAUUUAGGACCUAUUUAUCUUAUUCUUAGUCUUGCGCACACUUGAAGUGCUCAAAAACUAGUCCGUUUUAAGUAUUGCUAUCAUGCCAUACCUUGCCACCAUUUUGAAAUUCGAUUUCAAGUUUGCGUGUUCAUUUUCCGUAUUUACUAUUUAUCUGAUCUUAGAUUAUGAAAGUCAAUGCGCAGAUGACGCUUCACCACCAGAUCUGAUCAGUGAGUCUUCGAAAUAACGGUAUUCGUCACGACACCCUGGUUCUAACUGCUAGUAUCGGUUCUUUAUGCCUGUCUCAAUAUUUUCUCAUGCGUGUUAAAAAGUCCCUUAAAAAUCCGAAUCUCUACCAGUGUCUACUUGCUGAGCCUAAUGCGUUUGA